AUCGGUAGCACGAGACCCCGUAUCAUCACGUUAUCUGCGACGACAUACCCUCCUCAUAAAUAGAGCACGUAUCCGAUGCUUGUUUCUAACCACUAACCAACAUACACAAUACAUUCAAACCUACCCACGAGACAAAGCCAUGAGCCUAACAGGAAAAAUCGCCAUCGUGACUGGCGCAUCCCGGGGUAUCGGCGCCGGAAUCGCCUUCGAGCUCGCGAAGCAUGGAGCCAAGGUAGCUCUCACCUACACUACUCCCGGGAGCAAGCCCGGCGUGGAGGCGGUCAUCUCUCGAAUCACCGCCCUCCAAAACGGUUCCAGCGCAUCGGCGAUCCAAGCAGAUCUGCGCGACCCAGACGCCCCAAGGCGAAUUAUCGCAGCUACCCUUGACGCCUUCCCAACGAAAGACAACAAGCUGGACAUCGUGAUCAACAACGCCGGUGUGGCACUCUGCAAGCCACUCACCGAAUGCUCCGACGAGGAUAUCUCGUCCAUUUUCGACGUCAACGUCACCGGGACGAUGCGCUUCACGCGCGAAGUAAUACCCUACCUCCGCUCUCCCGGCCGCAUCAUCAACAUCAGUUCCAUCGCGGCGCGUCGGGGGGCGGCCGGGUUUUCAAUCUACUCCGCGUCCAAGGCUGCGCUGGAGGGGUUCACGCGGUCGCUCGCCUAUGAGCUGGGAGUGGAGGGCCAGGGGCACACGGUGAACUGCGUGCAGCCGGGGCCUGUGGAAAGUAGUAUGUUGCGGAACGAUCUGCCACCCGACGUGGUGGAGUAUAUGAGGCAGGGGACUGCGGUGGGCAACAGGAUUGGGAUGCCGGAAGAUAUUGCGAGGGUUGUGGUGUUUCUGGCUGGGGAGGAGAGUGGGUGGGUUUCUGGGGAGUGUAUCUCUGUUUCGGGCGGGUUUCAUAUGAACUAG